CAAAAAGUUGAGAUAGUUUUGUGGGCGCCAUACCCAUGACAAGAAAACAAUGCAACAUCAGCCUUAAUACAUCAACCAGACCUCAUGGAUGUUCAAAUAAAGCUCUGUUCCAUCACCAAAUUUCCAAGAUUGGAUAAUUUUGUGCGAAAGCCAUAUACAUUUCAAAAUGGAUAAAUGAAAACAUUACGUCAUGUUUCCAGAGUCGAUCGUAUUUUCCUAGGGGCCCAUAUACGGUAUGUCAUGUGCAAGUGCAACUGAUCAAGUAACUGUUGUCAGAUUGUGUGCACUUUUCCUCAUUUGGGAAUGAUCUAUAAUAAUGGCUUUGUUCCAACCGUACAUUUCACCAUCAGGAUUAUGCGCAAAACGUAAAUUGUGUGCGAAAUUCUUAUAUAGAGUGGUCCUUGGGAUGGUUUUUUGGCGGGUUGAAACAGACCUUAUGUCGACGAAAAUACUGUCGGAAUUUUACCGAAUGCAGUUCGACUUCGCGCGACAAUACUGCUGGAACUCAAGCGACCAAAAUUAUUUUGGUGUAGCAACGGAGCUCAUAGUUGGUGUUAUAGUAUUGCACCGGAGACGAAGUCGAUUAGACGCGUCCGAGUACCAUUUCGGCAGCAUCACGUCUCAUAAGCAAAUAGUAUCGCGUUCUGAUCGUACUUCCAAAUAGUUUUAGUAGUGAAUGCGGUGAAAAGCGAAAAACAGUGAACUGAUUUUGAUUGUGAAUUGUCCACCUUGUAGCUGGGUUGCUGUAACGCUUCCAGUGAGAGUAGCACAAAUCAUGGAUCAUCCUGUAGAGAAAAAGUUCGAGUGCGAAAAUGAUAACGAUAACGACGACGAAAAUGAUGAUGCUGAUUCUGAAGAGUUUGAAGAUGCGUGCGGUUAUGAAGCUCCUGAUCUCGAGAACAUGACUCUAGAAAAAGCUCUCGACGAAGCGAAACAAGCUAUAUUCUUCUUUUUCAACAAUCAAUUCCCAGAAGCCAAACAGCUAAUGGCUCCUUAUGCAAAUGUAUCCAUGUACCAUGCUCUAGGCCACGCAAUAUUUCUUUUUCUAGAAGCUAUAUUAACCAUAGAACCUGUUGCUAUAAAAGAAGCAUCGAAAGCCCUAAAACACGCUCUGAAUGUUUGCAACAAGUUCAGAAAGAAAAACACUCUCGGCGAUUCGCUUGGCAAAAUAGUCAAAAAGAAUCACUUCGAACAGUACACGGAAAUGGAAACGCACGCUGAACUCUGUCAUGCCGAGUGUUUGCUGCUCAAAUCGAUGCUCACUUUUAUGGAAGAUGAAACUCUGGCUAGUUUCCUCAAGGCUGGGCUUAAAAUAAGGUCGUGUUUUAACUCUUACAAAGAGUGUCAACAAAUCCUCCAGAAAAGAAAAUGGGAAAAUGAGCAGAUCAAACUCGAUUUCGAGAGCGGUGUGAAAAUGGGAAUUGGAACGUUCAAUUUGAUGAUUUCGAUGCUUCCAACGAAAAUAAUUAAGCUAUUAGAAUUCAUUGGUUUUUCUGGAAAUAAGGAACACGGUUUGAGUGAUUUAAUAGACGGUUACCAUAUGGACGGGAUCAGACAAAUUUUGUGCACAAUGGUACUCUUAGGUUACAAUCUUAUAGUAAUGCAUGUUAUAAGUCACAAAGAAGGUGACAUGGAAAUAUGUGAAGAUAUAUUGGAAAAACAAUUAAAAAAAUACCCAAAGGGUGUUUGGUUUCUGUUUUUCCAAGGAAGAAUGGAAUUCAUGAAGGGAAAUUUGGACGAAAGCAUUAAAUAUUACACAAAGUCCUGGAAAUCUCAAGACAUAUGGCCGCAGUUUCAUCAUGUGUGCUUUUGGGAGCUUUUGUGGGUCCACUGUUUGAAAUGCGAAUGGAAAGAAGCGCUCAAAUUUAUCAGUAUUUUAUAUAAUGAAAGCAAAUGGUCCAAAUGUUUGUACAGUUACCAAAAAGCCGUGAUAAUGAUUAUGUUAAAAGGAGAACUCACUUAUGGAGAACUUUUUGAACUGGAUGAUCUUUUGAAACAAGUGCCGAAAUACAAGCAAAGAAUCGCUGGAAAAUCAUUACCGAUGGAAAAAUUCGCGGUGAAAAAGUCGGAACGAUACUUCUCGCAAAACAAAUCGUUAGUUCUGCCAGUAAUUGAACUCAUGUUUCUGUGGAAUUUAUUAAAAAUAAUGAAAAACUAUUCUGUAAGCGGUGGUAUAAUGAGACUAAUUGACGACGCAGAAGCGGACGUCGAUUCAAAUCUUAAACCAUCCAAGUAUGACCACGAUAACAAAGCUCUGGUUUAUCUUCUCAAAGGUGCUUGUCUAAGGCAUAUGGGCGCCCCGAAUCAAGCAAUAGAAUACUUCGAAAAAGUUAUUGGAAUGCAAAAAGAAUUAGAGGAAGAUCAUUACUUGGUGCCUUAUGCUAUUGUGGAACUGGCUUUAGUGGAGUGGGCCAAUGGUAAUAAGGAGAAAGCUAUGUAUGCUUUGGAAGAUGCAAAAAAAAAUUAUACAAGCUAUUCCUGCGAGUCCAGGCUACAUUUUAGAAUACACACGGCGAUGACUGAGUUUAAAGCGGAAUUGAAAAAACCAAAACGGCCCUAAAUAAUUUGUGAUUCUCGAUUGAAAACUAACGAAAUUAAAAAUUAUGUUUAGAUACUUAUAUAGUCUAAGAGCCCGUGACUGCCAGACCAACGUUAUUUUAUAGUAGCUGAAAGUUCUUCAGCGCAUGCUUCCAACACAGGUUUCGACAGUUCUAACCCUCAGCCAGACAAACAUACUGGGUGAUUAAAAUUCGAUGUUCUCCAUUGGAAUCUCGGAAACGGUAAGAAAUACAAGGUCGGUCAAAUGAAGGCAAAGUUGCGCAAUUUCUUGCUCAACAAAAUGCCACUUCGAAAUUCGAAACAUUCCGAAAACUUUCGGAGAUAUAGGGAAAAACCGAAAUGUUGCAAAAUCUUUUUUAUGUUUUCCUGGGCUUAUUUGAACAGAUAUUCUAAAAUAAAUUUUACCUCUUUGUAGCAAAUUUUCCCCCUCUACACGAUAGUGUUGCUAAAUUUGGAAUGCGACGUUUCGUCUUUGUCCGACCAUCAUCAAUUUAAUUUUUUUGAAUACAGACCUGUAUUAUCUAUUUUAUUAGAUAAAUUCUAAAAUAGUCAGAUCUGGGCUUCUCGCCGACUAGGGUACCGCCUCUUGGUUGCCGAUCCAUUUUCUUGGAAAACAUUUAUACAGGAAAUCGCAAACAGCACGAGUGUUGUGAGGCGGCGCUCCAUCAUAUUGAAACCAAGUGUCGAACUGAACCAAUCGAAUUACAACAAUAUCUGGAAAACAUUUCUCAAUAACUUAAUUUUUUCAAAUACAGGAGACCCUUUUACACAUUAAAGCAAUGACUUAUUAUACCCAUCGAUAAAUUAUAAUUUUCCAGAAAAAUAUCGCAUCUAAAGUAGGUUUUUAAAUCCACACGCCUCUCUUCCACACAGGUCAUAAGUCUUUUUUGUCUGACAGGUUUACUUAUGUAAAUAGUUCAGAGAAGGUCAUCUGUUUUUGUUUUUGACAGUUAUACUCUUCAACCGUAAUUUGAAAUAGUUUUCUAUUUAACAAACUAAUUAGAAUUAUGAGAACGCCAAAAUUACCAAUCUUAAUAAACAAAUUCAUUUCUUAUGCUGAUGCAGCUUUCAAGAACUAAAGAUUAAUAAUGUAAUUGGUAGCGUAGGAAUACUAUGUUUCUAAUUGAACCUCAAUAAAAAAAAAUCUAAAAUAGUCAAAUCUGGGACCUCAACCAAAACAUUAUUCCACCAACACGAGAGGUGGUGAUCCAUGCAUCAUGUUGAAACCAUGUAUUGAUUAAAUGAGUUAUUGGAAUGUUUUCCAGAUAUUGUUGUAAUUUGAUUGGCUCAGUUCGACACUUGGUUUCAAUAUGAUGGAGCGCCGCCUCACAACAACUGUUUGCGAUUUCCUGGAUGAAUAUUUUCCAAGAAAAUGGAUCGGCAACCAAGGAGCGGUACCCUAGUCGGCGAGAAGCCCAGAUCUGACUAUUCUAGAGUUUUUCUAUUUAUUUAGGGAAUUUUUUAUGUUUUUAUAAUUAUUGUAAUCAGGGGUCUAACUAUCAAAAACAAAAAGGAUGGCCUUUUUUGCACUUUUUACGUAAGUUAGCGCGAUAAAAAGGUACCUACUGUGUGGAAGAGAGCCUUGUGGAUUUAUGUACUUUAGAUGCGAUAUUUUUCUAGAAAAUUAUAAUUUAUAGAUGGGUAUGAUAAGUCAGUGCUUUAAUGUGUAAAAUGCAAGGUUGUUUGAGUUAAUGACGUCAUCUGGGGUGCCUCAACAUAAUGCAAAUCUCCAUAAGGCACCCCAGAUGCGUCAUCAAGUUACCCAUUACCAGACAACCUAUUAACUUUAUGAACCUUGUGUAAAAUGGGCUCCAAAAAAUAAAAUAGAUAAUACAGGUCCCUAUUUAAAAAAAUUAAGUUGAUGAUGGUUGGCCAAAGGCAGAACGUCGCAUUUCAAAUUUAGCCACACUAUCGUGUAGAAGGAAAAAGAGGUGGAAUUUAUUUUGAAAUAUAUUUUCAACAUUUCUUUAUAUCUCCGGAAUGUUUCGAAUUUCGAAGCGGCAUUCUGUUGAGCAAGAAAUUGCGCAACUUGGCCUUCAUUUAACCGACCUCGUAUCUCUUAUCGUUUCCGAGAUUCCAAUGGAGAGUAUCGAAUUUAAAUCACCCUGUAUGUUGGUCUGGCUGAGGGUUAGGACUGUCGAAACUUUCUGGCUAUUGAGAAAACAUCUUUUAAUAGUUAGCCAAGUAACAUGUAAAAAAUUCAGCUUUUAUGAUAUGACGUAAGUGCAGUCAAAUUUUAUACACUUUUGCUACCGGUUAUCUGCCAAAGUCACGAUGACCCAAAGUACAUAAAGGGUAUUCUUUCGAUCCAAUCGUACUGAAGAUACUAAUCUGAUUUUACUGAAAGUGAUUUUUAUUUUUACAUCACUUCGCUAAGCUCUGUCGCAUCGAAAGAACGAAAAUCUAUAUCAACUGAUUUGAAUUCACAAAUGAUCUCUGAAAGAAGUGAACGUAAAAAUUCUGCGAUCACUUGGGGCUAGGAUUAAACUGAUUGCAAUCAUUUGGUGGGUAUGGUGGAGGAAGUUAUCCAAAAUCGAAAGAACACGUUUCAAUCAGUUCAGGUGAAUUCGAUCAGUUUGUUCAAAACGAAAGAAUACUAAGAAUAGCUCAUCGUUCCUACCUGUGGUUGGAAGCAAGCGCUGAAGAACAUUCAGGUUUUACAAAAUAACAUUGGUCUGGCAGUCACGGGCUCUUGUUCUAUUACUUAUUUUUCAUUAAAAUGAACCAAACAAGUUCAAUUAAGAACAAAUAUUUAUGAAUCAAGUUUUCAUAAUUUUUUUUUGGUUUGUGCUCGCUGGAUUUGUUUGCGCAAUUUCUGUGAGUGGAUCCUGCUUUUCUAUUUCUAGUCAUAAAACAUAAAUAUGCCUGAGGCACAGAUAUAUUUUAGCUUAUUGUUUUAAAAAAGGGCAAGUUAUUUCGGCUUUAUAUUAUAGGCCUUUUUUUAAGUUUACGACAAUUUUUAUGUGAGUUUAGUAAAACCAAAUGUCUCUAUACAGCGUGGGGAACGAAAACCUUCCCACCCAGGUUUUCUCAGGGGUUACGUUUUUAGUCAAAAAUCGCUCGGACACGUUACUUUUUGUUUUUUGAGGGACACAUUUUAUAGGUAUUUUCACCCCCUACCAGUCAGCCCCUAAGCGGGAGGGACAGGUACCCUCAAAAUUUCAAAUAAAAGGGGGGUCGAAUGAUACGUCAUUUGGUAGCUAUUAAGAUUAUAUCCCCAAAGUCUUAAAUUACUACUAUUUACCCUACCAAAAUGACGGCUCGUCAAAGUUAGGAAAAAAGCUUUUUUCGAGUAUCCGAACUGUGUAGUUUUUAUCACAUAAUAAAAUAAAGUAUUGCCAUUCAACAGUUCAGGUAAAUAGUAGCAACUUGAAACUUUGGGGAUAUAAUCUUAAUAAAACUGGCUAUCAAAUGACAUAUCACUCGAACUGCUUUUCCAUUUGACAUUUUGGGGGUACCUGUCACUCUCUCUUAAGGGUUGACAGGUAGGGUGUGAAAAUAUCAAUUAAAUGAGUCUCCCAAAAAAACAAAAAUUGACGUGUCCGAGCGAUUUUUAAUUUAUCACCUAACACCUGAGAAAAUCAAUCUGGGUGGGAAGUUUUUCGUGCCUCACCCUGUAUAUAUAUUUAGAUAUUAAUUUUCUUAUUUAAGGGCGCAUCUCUUAUUUACAUGGCUGUGUUGUUCUACAGUUGCUUAUUUUAGAAGUAUACCUAUGUGGUUAUAGUUUAAAUGUUGUGUACCUAUAUAUUUUUGUUGCGUAAUAAAAUAAAAUAUAUUUAAGAAAUA